ACCACUGCAAGGCAGAGCACAGAUGAUCUUGCUAUGUUGCAUUAUUACUAAUGAAUAGAGUUAUUGUCAUUACUGGGAGUAUGCAUGGAUAAAAUGAAGCAGUGUGGACAUCUUUUCGUGUGGGACCUCUAAAGGUACUGACACCUUUCCUACCUUGGAUCAGAGAGAAUAAUCAAAAAAAGGAGAUGGAAAAGAUGACUGCUGUCCACUUGUCAUCAGCUACUGCUUCAGCACUCUCAGAGAGAGACUAAAAAGGACGUGAAAGAGUACCUCUGUCUUACAGGCAAGACGAGAGACAAAGAGAAAACAUCCAAAGCUCUAAGCCGAACUUUAUAAAGCAGAGGAAAUGGCUUUCUUGGACAAUCCAGCCAUUAUUCUGGCCCACAUUAGACAGUCUCAUGUGACCAGUGAUGACACAGGAAUGUGUGAGAUGGUACUAAUAGACCAGGAUGUGGAUCUGGAGAAGUGCCAGCUGGCUCUGGUGCCCGGCAGCAGCUGUGGGUCAACGGGGUCAGGCUCCCUAAGUGAGGAGGGCAGUAGCGUGACGGACAAUCAUGCCUGUGAUCUCUCUCAGUCCAUGGACAUCACCUCCAGCUGGGACUUUGGUAUUCGGCGGCGUUCCAACACAGCCCAAAGACUUGAACGGCUACGGAAAGAACGGCAGAACCAAAUCAAAUGUAAAAACAUUCAGUGGAAAGAGAGGUCGUCCUCCCAAUCAGUGGAGGAUCUGGGGUCUCUGUUUGAAAAGCGGGACUAUAAAGACAGGCCACGGACGACAGGCACCAAAUCCACCCUCUCACUGCGACUGGAGCAGUGUCCCCAGCAGCUCAACAACCCCUUCAAUGAGUACUCCAAAUUUGAUGGCAAGGGCCACAUUGGCACAACAGCUACAAAGAAGAUCGACGUGUACCUGUCAAUGCAGGUGGCUCAGGAGAAACUACAUCCCAUGACAGUGGUAACCAUCGCCAAUGCCCGCGUCCACGACCUCAUCGGUCUCAUCUGUUGGCAGUACACGAGCGAGGGACGAGAACCUAAACUCAAUGAGAAUGUUAACGCCUACUGCCUCCACAUCGCAGAGGAUGACGGCGAGGUGGACACUGACUUCCCUCCUCUCGACUCCAAUGAGCCAAUCCACAAGUUUGGUUUCAGCACUUUGGCCUUGGUGGAGAAAUACUCCUCGCCUGGCCUCGCCUCCAGACAGUCACUGUUUGUCAGAAUAAACGCUGCUCAUGGUUUCUCUCUGAUCCCUGUGGACAGUCUGAAGGUAACCAUGAAAGAGAUCCUCCAGAAAGCACUGAAGAAGAGGAAAGGCUCACAGAAAGGCUCAGGGCCCAUGUAUCGUCUGGAGAAGCAGACGCAGCCAAACGUGGCAGUAGACCUGGACUUGACGCUGGAGACCCAGAGCACCCUGGAGUUCUGCCUUGUCCGAGAAAACAGCUCCAGGGGGGAGGAGAGUUCAGAGGAAGACCCACCUAUUGACAUCACCACAGUCCAAGACAUGUUGAGCAGUCACCACUACAAGUCCUUCAAGAUCAGUAUGAUCCACAAGCUGCGCUUCACCACAGACGUCCAGCUAGGCAUUUCAGGAGAGAAGGUGGAGAUCGAUCCUGUCACCAAUCAGAAGGCCAGCACUAAGUUCUGGAUUCGGCAGAAACCCAUCUCCAUCGACUCGGAUCACCUCUGUGCCUGUGACCUUGUAGAGGAGAGAAGCCCCAGCCACGCAAUAUUCAAGCUCACGUAUCUCAGCAACCACGAUUACAAGCCUCUCUACUUUGAGUCUGAUGCUGCUACUGUCAAUGAGAUAGUGCUGAAGGUGAACUACAUCCUGGAGUCACGGGCCAGCUCCUCUCGGGCUGAUUACUUUGCCCAGAAGCAGCGGAAACUGAGCCGGCGGACUAGCUUCAGCUUCCAGAAGGACAAGAAGACCGGCCAGUAGACAGACGGCCAACGGAAGCCGCUCAGCCACCUGUCUGUCUCUACACGCACAGACAGACACAAAAACAAGGCCUGGUCUGAGUCUCAUACACAGACGACGUCAGGCGAAACAGAGGUGGAGACUGACAGGACGGUGACGUCAGAGGAGAUGAGAGCAGGAGAGCGACGGGCAGAAGAUAAAGCAGACGUGUCUCUGUUCAGCCGAGUGAGGUGGACGCCUCCGAAACUCUGCUAGCAAAGACAGAGCACAAGCAAAAACAAGCGCACUGUUCUCACAAAGAAAGAGACUUGCGGGACAGAGUUUUUGUGUCAUGUUGCCAUCAGUUUCAGCUUUUUGUUUAUUCACUGCCUCUGAAUUUAAGCUCCGUCCUCAUGGAUGGAUCUGUACAGCUUCAACACAUUGACAACAAAUCAAAGCUUCAUCUUUGCUUCUGUCCUUUAUCUUUAACAGAUUUAACUCAGCAUAAAGAGAAGCCCUCUGCAUUUUAAUGUUCUGUACAUAAACAUUUUACAUUCAGGAAAUCAAGUAAUAAUAAUAAUGAUGAAACAGCCCAGUCUGGAUUAUUAAACAACACAUCAAUACGCUUCUGCCUUAAAUCCAGAUUGCAAAUCCUUUAUAUUAUCUACACUCGGUUGCAAGAUUAUUAGGAACACAUAGCUAAAGCUAAUACAACACCUGAUACGUUCAUGAAGGUUUCAGAGGGUUAGAUUAAUUAAACUAUGAUUAUCCAGGACGCUGUAGUUUGUGACACUGAUCAGUGAAGUCUCUAAAACAAAACUAUUUAUUGCCGGACUGUUUUAUCAGACUGUGUUAGUUUUUAAGUGUUCCUAAUAAACUGCCACCCGAGUGUAUUGACAGUGCUGAUUCAGGUGUGAUCACAACACAUUUUUAGGAUUUUAAACAGUAUGCUCAUUUGAAAGCUUUGAAGAGACAGCAGCAGCGAAUAGGAAUAUUAAAAUACACAUGUGGAUACACAUGGAGGUCACUUAAAAGACGUUUGACUGCUUUUUUUUGUCUUUAUUUUGUCCCUGCUGAUAGCCGUACUCUGUCAUUCAUCACUCACUGAUGUGAGGCCCUGCAUCGUGGUGGAGCUGAGGUUGGUCAAAGCGAGCAGCAAGCACCAUGGCUGAGUGAGACAGGCAGAAACACCUGUGUUUGGAUGAAGAUGCAGCACUGGUUGACAUUAGAUUCCAAGUCUCAGGACUCAAUUCUGGGGAAAGUGAAGGAUAUGUUUCUCCUGAACUUGAUCUGAACUUAAUCUUAUCACUAAUCCUCAAUCAUGUUUUAUGAUGUUUUAAGUUCCUCUCCAGACAUGUUUUGAACGCUGUAAAAAUCC